AUGGGUAACCUAUCCGUUAGAGAAUGUGUAACUAAAGUUUAUCAAGCUGCUCGUGACGGUUCUUCUGAUCUGGAGAAAAUUUUAAAGCGGCUGAAAACAACUGAGCAAAGAAAAACCGCUUUGGAAACAAAAACUAAAGAUGGCAGCCACUUUGUCACUCCUCUUAUCAUCGCUGCUCACAAUGGACACCUGAAUUCUGUGAAGAUUCUUCUAGGAUAUGGAGCACACGUCGAUGCUCGAGGAACACUUAAGAUAGCUAACGAAGUUAGAAAGGGUUGUACACCUUUAUGGGCCGCUGCUGCUUCUGGUCAUCUUGAUGUUGUUAAACUGUUUAUUAACGAAGGUGCCUUUGUGGAUCUGCAAGACGAAGAUGGCGACACUGCACUUCAUUACGCUGUGAAAGGGGGGCACUUAGAGAUAGUCAGCGUGCUUUUGGCUCUUGGAGCAUCACAACUGCCAAAUAAUCUAGGUUUAGCACCACUUCUUUAUGCCUGUGAUAAAUGUUUCAUUGAAAUCGUGGAGUAUCUUAUCGACAGAGCGGAAUGUACAAAGGAACAGAGAAUUGAUGCUCUUGAACUUCUUGGUGCCACCAUUGCUAACAAUGAUACAUCUUGUGAUACUAAGAAAGCUUUUAGUUACAUGAAACGCGGAAUGGAGAUGAGAUACCAAUACCCGGCACAUCCAUUGCUUAAAAAGAAAAUGGAACCUGUGGAAGCUUAUCAAAAUAGAAAAGAGAGUCAAACUCUUGAGGAACUUGCUCUUUUAGAAGGUGAUGAUCAUGCUAUCGGCAUGGAAGGACUUAUAAUCAGAGAGAGAAUCCUUGGGUCUGACAACCUAGCAAAUCCGCUGAAAAUCCAUUACCGGGCAUGUGUUUUAGCUGACUCUGAGGAGUACGAGCUUUGUUGUGGUUUGUGGCAACGUGCGUUUGAGAAAAAGGUGAAGAGCGCUGUUGCAAUAACACUAAAAGAUCUUGAUGACCUUAAAGAUUUUGCAGCUUUGUUUGGAAUAAUGGUACAAAAAGGUGUACCUUUAAGACUAGAUUUUAUUGAACGCGUUUUUGAAGCACUGGUUGCUGCAAGUGAGAACGCGCGAGAGGAGCAUGAAAACGAGGAGCAAGAAAAAACGCUUUACUGCGCUCUCUAUCUUUUGAUGAUAUACAUCAAAGUUAAAGGUCAAAACGCCAACAUGACUGACUUUCUACAAAGAUUCUUGCGUUUAAACCUUCGAACCAAUGAUGGGAAUACUUUACUGCACUUAGUUGCAUGGCAUGAAACCCCAAUUUUUUUGUAUGGUGACCAGCAAGACAUAAUUAUAAUGCAAAGUGUGUGCAAGUUUCCAUGUGUUGAGACCAUGAAGCUUAUUUUACACGCAGGGUGUGAUGUAAAUGCCGUUAACACCGAGGGAAAGACACCUCUCCAUCUAGCUGUGACGUUCAAGCCUGCUGACCCUAAAGAAGUCGUGAUUUUGUCAGAAAUGCUGCUGUUGCUGUUAGAAAUAGGUGCAGACCCAAAGCUGCCAAACAAGAAUGGUCAAACACCACUGCACAGCUGUGAGACUGACGAGGCUUGUAGAAUACUGUCAGAGAAAAGAGGACUGAGUGUCGACGUUGGAGAUGUAAGAAAGGUUUAA